ACUGUGAGUUUGAUGUAAAGGUUGUUACUAUUUCCGCUGGUCUUAGACUGCCUCGCAAAACAUCGGGCGCAUGUUUGUGACGUCAAUUCUUCCGCACGGUUUUGCUUCUUGGAGGGGUGGGCCACAGUCUUAAAAUGCACUUACGGAGGAUGAAAUUAAAAUGUGCCUGGCUGCUGCUACUCCUUGCUGUCUCAGUUUGGUCUGUGCCCAUUGAUCGCAAAGAGGUCCAUCAGGAAGUCAAAGAUGGCGAACAAGAGGAGAGCAUGGAUACGGGUCUGUACUACGACCGAUACCUCCGAGAGGUGAUUGAAGUCCUGGAGACCGACCCUCACUUCCGAGAGAAGCUGCAGACAGCUAACACAGAAGACAUUAAGAAUGGGCGCUUGAGUAAAGAGCUCGACUUGGUCAGCCACAAUGUCAGGACGCGUCUGGACGAACUGAAGCGCCAGGAGGUGUCGCGACUCAGGAUGCUGCUCAAGGCCAAAUUAGACAGCACCAAUACACAAAGCCUGCAGAUGGACCACGCCUCCUUGCUCAAGCAGUUUGAACAUCUGGACCCGCAUAACCAGAACGCCUUUGAGGCCAAAGACCUGGAGCUGCUCAUUUCUACGGCCACCAAAGACUUGGAGAACUAUGACGCCGAGCGACAUGAGGAGUUCAAGCGCUACGAGAUGCUGAAAGAGCAUGAGAGGCGCGAGUACCUGAAGGGAUUGGACCAAGAAAAGAGGGAGAAGGAGGAGCAGCGAAUGCAGGAGCUCAAGGACAAACAUCGACAACACCCAAAAGUCAAUGCUCCCGGUAGUGUGGCUCAGCUGCGGGAAGUUUGGGAGGAGACAGAUAGAUUGGACCCCAAAGAGUUCAACCCCAAGACUUUCUUCAAGCUUCAUGACACCAAUGAGGACGGUGUACUGGAUGAGCAGGAGCUGGAGGCACUUUUCACCAAAGAGCUGGAGAAAGUGUAUGACCCCAAGAAUGAGGAGGAUGACAUGAUGGAGAUGGAAGAGGAGAGGUUAAGGAUGAGGGAGCACGUCAUGAAGAAUGUGGACACUAAUAAAGAUCGACUCGUCAGCCUGGACGAGUUUCUCAAGUCCACCGAGAAGAAGGACUUCAACACCGCUAAAGAAUGGGAGACGCUGGACGCUAAGCCAGCGUAUACUGAGGGCGAGCUACAGCGCUUCGAGGCAGAGCUCCGUGACAAAGAAGAGGAGCUGAAGAAGAGGGCGGACACGCUACGUCAGGAGCAGGAGCUGCUCAAGGAGCGAGGAAAAGCCCUGGAGGCGCAGAGGAGGGAGUACCAACAGGCUGUGCUGGAGAUGUCACAGAGGCAGAAAGAGCAGCCAGCAGUGGGUGACGGACAGCCACCGACCGGACCUCGUGGAGAACUUCAGUUCCAGCCUCUAAAACAUGCAGACAAAGCAGGAAAAGUUGCCGUCAUGGAAAACCCUGAAGAUGCCCAAGUGCGGAAUAAUUUGCCCGCCGAACCACCACAAAACCUGCCUUUACACACUUGAAAAACACGUACACAUGCACACACAAACACACACGCAAACACACACGCGCAAACACACACACACACACACAGUCUUAUGACGUGCACUGAGACAUUAGGGGUUGUACAGAAUAGUUAACUAUUACUUCACCAUAUUUUUAGAGCAUGAUGUCGACUAGUCGCUAAUCACUUUUUUUGGCGUGAGGAGGCAAAGGUGUUUGUGCUAGUGUGUGGGAGAAGCAUGUAUUUUCAUUUUAUUUUUGCCAAACUCCAAGUUAUUGAAUGUCACGCUGAAGUAUUGGGAUUCUUCCUUCCAUUGUUGUUUGGAAUUUAUUAUCUGAAGCAAGUUUCCCCCUCAUUUGAAAUUAUUUUAAUGUUUUUUCUCAUAAUACAUUAUUGUUGAAUACAGUAAUUGAUGUGGGUCAUCAGUUCCACCUUGUUCUUGUGCUAAAAUGAAGAGGUCUUCUGUUAUUCUUGAAAUCAGUAUUAUGACAGAUGGGUGUGAGUUUACUGGGUUUUAGUUGAGUUUUCCCUUUUCGUAUCCCACCCAAGAAUGAUGUAAGAUGCUGAUAUUGUAACUGGAUAGCUAGAUAGAUAAUUGUGUAAAGUUUGUAGCAUCUAGUCCCAACUCUGGUUUAGUUUUCUGAAGGGUAAAUAAACUAAUUGUAGUUUUUCUAUUUAUCUAUCUAUUUCUAAACAUAACUCAGAUUCCCUCGGAGUGGGGCUCUGAGCAAGGUCUCACCUCUCGGCAUAUCAGUGAUUCUUAAGUGAGGAAUCACCUCAGAACUACAUUGGGGGACCUGGUCAGUGACCUGAAGCGAUCUGGCACCACUGUUUCCAAGGUUCCUGCGGUUAAUUCAUUAAGAUAUGGUUUAAAAUCAUGCAUGGCGUGGAAUGUUCCCCUGCUUAAAUCAAGACACGUCCAGGCCCGCCUUAAAUUUGCCCACGACCAUUUGGAUGAUCCAGAGGAGUCAUAAGAAAAAGUUAUAUGGUCAGAUAAGACCAAAAUAGAAUUUUCUGGUCUUAAUUCUACUCUCCAUUGUUUGGAGGAGGAAGAAUGAGGAAUACCAUUCCUACUACGAAUUAUAGGGUUGGAUGUUUUUUUGCACAUGGAGACAGGAUGACCAGGGCCAUGUAUUGCAACAUUGUGGGGUACAACCUCCUUCCCUCUGUUAGAGGAUUGAAGAUGGAUCAUGACUGGGCCUUCCAACAUGACAAUGACCCGAAGCACACAGCCAGGAUAAGGGGUUCAAAUAUUUUUCCAGCAGUAACAUACAAAUACAGUAAAUUGUUAAAAAAAAAUCUGACAUUGGGAUUUACAGAUAUAUAUAUAUAUAUUUUUUGGAGAUUGUCUCACAGUGGACACGCACCUAAGAUGUAAAUUCCAGACCCCUCCAUGAUUUCAAAGUGAUAGAACUUACAAAAUCACAGGGUGUUCAAAUGCUUAUUUUUCUCACUGUAUGUUCUAAGUAAAUUCAAUUGAUGAGCUUUUCACCGUAAUUUAAUAUAGAUUUUUUUAUAAUAUAGAACUGAAAAAAAUGUCAUCAGCGAUUAGUUGACAUUGACUCAAUAACUUUGUUGACUGAAAGUAUAAAUUUGUGCAACCCCUAAUACAAAAAAUUGACUGAAUAUUUUGUUCUUUUGCUGUUGUGAGAUUAAAGAUGUUACAUUUUGUUCCUGUCAUUUUAAAUAAAUUAUUUAUGUCCAAAAUGCA